GCGAAAAAAUAUUCAUAAGUAAGAAUAUUACGGAAUAUUAAAAAGCAAAUAUGUCUGAAGCUGUUGCCGUUGCAAAUACAGAUUCUCCAAAGGAGGUAACUGCCGUUCCUGAAAAGAAAGUUGCUGUUAAAAAGGCAACAAAAGUAAAAAAACCUUCUGCAGCUCCAUCUCAUCCAUCAACACAACAAAUGGUUGAUGCAUCUAUCAAGAACUUGAAGGAACGCAGCGGAUCUUCAUUGUUGGCAAUUAAAAAGUAUAUAAGUGCCACAUAUAAAUGUGAUGCCCAGAAAUUGGCUCCAUUUAUUAAAAAAUAUUUGAAAACUGCUGUAGCUAAUGGCAAAUUGAUACAAACAAAAGGAAAAGGUGCAUCUGGUUCAUUUAAAUUAUCAGCUGCUGCUGCUAAGUCUCCUAAAUCGUCUGUCGAGAGUAAGAAAAAGAAGGUGCCAUCAGGUGUUACGAAGAAGAAGGUUACUGCAUCAUCUGCAGGUACUAAAAAGUCAAAGGCAAAGGUAUCUGGAGAGAAAAAACCUAAGAAAUCUGCGGCAGCUAAGAAGAGUGUUGAAAAGAAAAAAACUGAAAAAGCUAAAGUUAAAAGUGUUAAAAAGAUUGGAUCUGUUAAGGCUAAGCCAGCUAAACCAAAGUCUACUUCUACAAAAGCUAAAGCGGCCGCAAAACCUAAAAAAACUACCGUUAAAAAAACAUCAUCAAGUGUACAAGAACAAAGUUAUAUGAUAUCUGUUACUUCGCAUAUCAAACCUAUUGUUCAAUUUCGAUUUAAAGUCGUUUACCGAUUUAAUCGGCUUAAACAAUACCCGAUUGAUAUAGUGCAUUGUCUGAUUGAACCAGAGCAAUCUAUUUAA